CAGCCACCCCCUGCCACUCACAGACCUCAAAUGAGCUCUUUCCUCGGCGACGUGGUCUUCUGGCCGACGGAGGUCAGCGGCCGCGCCUUUGUCGCUGGGAUGGUGGCGAUGGCAGUCGUCAAAGUGCUUCUCGAGCGGGCUCUCUUCCCUCUUGCGAGGAAAUCCAUGCCGCCCGCUGCAUUCGCGGGCGGGCGCAUCGAUCCGAACCUGUCCUUCUUUACGAUCCACUUCCUCGUCAAUAUGGUGGUCUGCUACCUCGCCGUCCCCGACACGCUCUGGGUGCUCGCGCACCCAGUCGAGUGGCGCGCCUCUGAGAACCUAGGGCACGCGCUGGUGAUGGCAGUGCACAUCUUCCACGUCCUCUUCUACUACGACUCCCUCACCACGAUGGACUACGUCCAUCAUGGCGUCUCCGUCGGACUCGUCGGCUCGAUGGGCUACCUCUUCCUCUGGGGCGCAGGUCUGCACGCGAUGGACUUUUUCAUCUGCGGCUUGCCGGGCGGCCUCGACUACGGCAUGCUUGCGCUCGUCAAGAUGGGAGCGCUGCGCAAGAUCACCAACAAGCGUGUCAACAAGUGGCUCAAUAUCGCCGUGCGCUGGCCCGGCAUCCUCCUCGUCUGCUACAUCAUGGUCGUCACGAAGCUCAACAUGGGGGACUCGGCCCCAGUCGGCUGGCUGCCCAUCUGGCUCGUGCUCUUCCUGCACGGCGGGAAUGGGCUCUACUUCGCGGCGCGCGUCGUCACAAACACUGCGGAGGCGGAAUACGCGCUGCGGAUGGAGAAAAAAGCUGCCAAGCAGUGAUUUGCCUCGCGGUGUAACACCCGUGCUGCGCAGCGGCUGCCCGGCGCUGGUGCCUGCGCAGCGGGUUCCAUUAUUUGUGUGUGUGUGUGUGUGUGUGUGUGUGUGUGUGUGUGUGUGUGUGUGUGUGUGUGUGUGUGUUUUUGUGUGCUGUGCUGCCCCCUGCACGCGAUAUCUAUUUUUUGAGAGGUCGGCGCUAC